UAUUUAUUAUUAUUAUUUCAAAAUAUAUUUAUUUAAUUUAUUGAAGCAGCUUCAUGCUCCAAAUUAUCUUUCUGCACCCAGUUUCAGUUUUUCCAUUUGCCCUCUAGAUGUAAGGAGUUUGUUUUACUUGAAUAUCUUUGUCAAAACCAAAACAUUAAAAAUAUUGAGUUUAAUUGUCACUUAGGCUAUUUGGCUAGACAGUGUAAUAAAGAAAAUCUGGAACAUUCUUGUCUGCUCAUGAAUGUGAGCAGCUGUGCGCGCGCGUUGGGAGGAAGUUAAUCCUCUCAGGCUCAAAAUAAGUUUUGAUAAAUGGACGAACAAGUAAGUCCUUCACAUAUGAGUUAAAAAAAAUGCUCCUGAAAUACGUAUGUGGAGUAACCAGGUAGGUAGUUUUAACUGUUGCAAACCUGCAACGCCUGCCUCCAGAGGGUUAAAAGUAGAUUCAUUAAUCCAGACAGACCAGACGGACGAACCGAGCAUGCCUGCUGCUCCAGCACUCUCCAAACAUCCCCUAACUUAUGACACAAACUAAAUCAGGAGUCGAUUUAUUCUAAAUUCUUCACCGUCUUAAGCUCGACCCCACUGGGCAGCAAUGAGCGCUUCUGCUGGGACAGGGGUGUUCAUGCUGUCCCUGAUGUCCAUACCCUUCUGCUAUUUAUUCAACUCUCUAGUUUACAACAACAGUGCUGAAGCUUUUCUCUUUGCUGGGAGCACGGCAGUUGUGAUUCUGGCUAUUUCAGUCCGUUUUAUGCUCAAGAAGAAAGCUCCAGUUGAUCCACUUUUCUAUGUGUAUGCAGUUUAUGCUUUCCUCAGUGUUGUGAACCUGAUCAUUGGACUGGAGCAGGACAACAUCAUUGAUGGAUUUGUGACUUUUUACCUAAAAGAGGCAAACCCACACAUUAAUACAGCGCAUGGUCAUAUGCUCUCCUAUUGGGAUGGUUGUGCACAUUACCUCAUGUAUCUGCUCAUGAUUGCUGCAAUCACUUGGGGGGACAGUUAUCGGACAAUUGGGCUGUACUGGGUAGGAUCUUUUGUCAUGCGCACCAUAGUCUACAUUCUUGGGAACGCUGUGGGAAAAUAUGGAACCCAAGUAAGUUUUCUCUUCGUCCUUCACAUGCUUCAUGUCUCAGUGUCCGUGUGGGCUUGCAUCCAGGUCUUCAGACAACCCUCUACAUGUGAUGUUCCGAUAACAAAAAUCCAAGAAGCAAAAAGGACAAACUUGUUCCACAGACCUCUGGAUUUGCUGUUUGUCAUCUACCUCAUUCUGGCUUUGACAUUUUGUGUCUUUAGGGGACUGGUUGCUCUUGAUUGUUCAAGCAAAUGGUGCCAGGACUACGCACGACAGUAUGAGCCUUACCUGAAAGACCCCUCGGCCUAUCCCAAAGUUCAGAUGCUCGUGAGCAUGCUGUAUUCUGGACCAUACUACAUAGUCACUCUGUAUGGGCUGUUGGUUCCUGGAUGCAAAUGGAUGCCGGAGCUGACUGUUGUUCACUCAGGAGCAGUAGCACAGGCCCAGUUCACUCAUAUUGGUGCAUCUCUGCACACACGGACACCGUUCUCCUACAGAGUACCAGCUGCCAGCCAACCUGUCUUCUUGCUGGUUAAUGUCCUAUACACUCUGUUGCCACAUAUCCUGUGCUAUCGCUGCUGCACCCAGCCAGCCUUCUUUCUCAGACAAAUAAACGAGGAGAAGAAAGAAUGACUCAACAGUUCGGGGAAAGACAGAGUCAAUGUUUUGGAAACCAAAUAAACAGAAUUUGUGCCAUGCAUGUUAUGUUGUUAACUGUGCAAAUGUGAAUAAAAUUAAAUAAUGCCUCUAGA